AUGAUUAAAAGAAUAUCAAAGUAGAUAAUGAAAAUGCCUUAAUUAUACUUUACUACAAGAAUGUUAGCUCCAUUCUCUUAACAUAAUCAUAAUCAUAAUCAUGAUCAUAAUCAUGAUCAUAAUCAUUCUCAUCCAGAUUUUUAAGCUUAACAAAAGGCUUAACCAUAAUAUACAUAAGAAUAGAUCUAAUAAAAACAUAAAGAAAUUGAUAAUGUAAAUUAAUAGAAAUAUUUUGUAGAUCAUAAAAUCUAAUUAAGUUGUAUUAUUCAUGAAGGGAACUCCAACUUAACCAAUGUGUGGAUAUUCUAAUUAUGCUGUUUAAGUACUUUAAUUUUACAAAGUAUAAAAUUAUCAUUCUGUUGAUAUUCUAUCUGAUCCUUUGAUGAGAGAAGAGAUAAAGAAAUAUUCAAACUGGCCUACAUUCCCAUAAUUAGUAUUAAUUUAAUAAUAUAUAAAAUAUAGUAUGUAAAAUAAGAAUUAGUUGGUGGAUGUGAUAUAAUGAUGGAAAUGCAUAAAGAAGGUACAUUAAAAGAAUUAUUUAAUAAAAUUUGA